AUGUUACAGACAAACUACACAAACUACACAGUGACUGAGUUUAUCCUCCUGGGACUGACAGAUCGAGCCAAGUUGCAGCCUGUCCUUUUUGUGGUCUUCCUGGUCAUCUACCUUAUCACAGUAGUUGGCAACGUGAGCAUGAUUUUGUUAAUCCGAAGUGACUCAAAACUUCACACGCCCAUGUACUUCUUCCUCAGCCAUCUCUCCUUUGUGGAUCUCUGUUACGCUACCAGUGUCGCUCCGCAGAUGCUGGUUCAUUUCUUAUCCAAGAGAAAAGCCAUUUCCUUCCUUGGUUGCCUUCUCCAAUUCCACUUUUUCAUUGCCCUGGUGAUCACGGAUUAUUAUAUGCUGACGGUGAUGGCUUACGACCGCUACAUGGCGAUCUGCAACCCCUUGCUGUACGGUAGCAAGAUGUCCAGAUGUGUCUGCCUCUCUCUUGUUGCUACGCCUUAUAUUUACGGUUUUGCAAAUGGCCUGGCACAGACCAUCCUGAUGCUUCGCCUCUCCUUCUGUGGACCCAAUGAACUCAACCACUUCUACUGUGCGGACCCACCUCUCAUAGUCCUUGCCUGCUCGGAUACGUAUGUCAAAGAAACUGCCAUAAAGAAGUUGCACUGUGAAAUAACAGAAUUCAUUCUCCUGGGGCUCACAGACCGGCCUGAGCUCCAACUUCUCCUCUUUGUGCUGUUUCUGGUUUUGUAUCUUGUCACCCUCUCGGGCAACCUGGGCAUGAUGCUGUUGAUCAGACUGGACUCUCGCCUCCACACACCCAUGUACUUCUUCCUCACUAAUUUGGCCUUUGUGGACUUGUGUUACACCUCAAAUGCAACCCCACAGAUGUUGACUAAUUUCUUAUCGGAGAAGAAGACCAUCACCUUUGUUGGCUGCUUUACGCAAUGUUACAUUUUCAUUGCACUUCUCCUCACUGAGUUUUACAUGCUGGCGGCAAUGGCCUAUGACCGCUAUGUGGCCAUAUGUGACCCUCUGCGCUAUAGCAUGAAAAUGUCCAGACGUACCUGCCUCUGUUUGGCCACAUUGCCUUAUGUCUAUGGCUUCUCAGAUGGGCUGUUCCAGGCCAUCCUGACCUUCCGCUUGAACUUCUGUAGAUCCAAUGUCAUCAACCACUUCUACUGUGCUGACCCACCACUGAUUAAGCUUUCUUGCUCUGAUACGUAUGUCAAAGAGCAUGCCAUGCUCGUAUCAGCUGGCUUCAAUCUCUCCAACUCCCUCUGCAUCAUCCUGGUGUCCUAUGCCUUCAUUAUUGGUGCCAUCCUCCGGAUCAAAUCGGCAGAGGGCAGACGCAAGGCAUUCUCCACCUGUGGCUCCCACAUGAUGGCUGUGACUCUCUUUUAUGGGACGCUCUUCUGCAUGUAUGUAAGACCACCAACAGAUAAGACUGUAGAGGAAUCCAAAAUAAUAGCUGUCUUCUACACUUUUGUAAGUCCGGUGCUUAAUCCAUUGAUAUACAGUCUGCGGAACAAGGAUGUAAAGCAAGCCUUGAAAAAUGUCCUCAGAGGAAAUAGGUCACUAAGAUGGGACUGACCCUGAUUUCCAAUGAAUCGUCACUAAAACUUGGGCUCAAAAUCUUUGUAUUCUAAUGAUGUAUUUUUAUAUUCUCUAUGAAUAAGUCUCAAAUAUCUCAGCUAAAAAUCUCAAGUCUGGGGAAAAGAUGAGCUUCACUUAUAAAUCUGCAUUCUUGCACCUCAACAUGUGGUCCAUACACCAGCAGCAACAGCAUCACCUUGGACUUUGUUAGAAAUGUAGGAGCACCACGUUCUGCACCUUAGAUGCACUAUAUCCAAACUUGUGUUUUAAUCAAAUCAUAGGUGAUUUGUAAACACAUUAAAUUUGAGGAGCACUGU